AUGUUUCUGUUGCUAGAAGCUGCAAAAGGUGGUCCAUCGUUUCGGAUUCUCGGAAAACCGGAAGCUUAUAACGAUCAUAGAGGCCUUGACAGUGUUCAUCUGAACUUCCUGCUGGGCCUGUUCGCCGCAGUUGCGCAAAUAUUUCUAAUCGCCGUUCCGUCGAACCCCGACAUCGAGAAGGUCCUGAGCUCGGUCGGUAUCGAAACCGACUCAACCCGAGUCACCAAGGUGGUCAACGAGAUGAAGGGCAAGUCCGUCGUGGAACUGAUCGCUACCCGCCGCGAGAAGCUCUCCUGGAUGCCGUCCGGUGGUGCUGCCCUGACCAAUGCCGCCAAGGAGAAGAAUAAAGCAAAAGAAGGAAAAGAGUUCGAAUCCGAGGAUGAUGACGACAUGGGCUUCGGUCUCUUUGAAUGAGGGAUUUCUUCGUGGCAACAUCGCCGGUUGCUUUGGCGUUUUAUCCACAAACAAAAAUUGUGCAAUUUUUGUAGUGCUUUUUUUUUAUUCAGCUGCAGG